UCACUCAAACACUUCCAUCCAAUAGUGGCACCGGCCAGUGAUCACCACGCCGGGUGUGGGCACCAUGAUGAGCUCUCUGCUGCUCCUGCUCCUCUUGCUGCCGCUGCUGGUCUCCGGCGCCAGGUUCGGCGGCGGCGCAAGGCUGGGGGGCAAUGGCGACUACGAGGACUGGCGGCUGGGCACGGCCACCUACAUCAAGGAGUCCCAGGGCCACCCGCUCAACGAUGGUGGCGGCGCUUGUGGGUAUGCGGACCUUGACAUAUUCAGAUAUGGGAGGUACACGGCUGGCCUGAGCGGCGCGCUGUUCGAUAAGGGCAGCGCCUGCGGUGGCUGCUACGAGCUCCGAUGUGUGAACAACAUCCUCUGGUGCCUCAGGGGCAGCCCGACAGUCGUCGUGACGGCGACUGACUUCUGCCCGCCCAACUUCGGCCUCGCCGACGACUUCGGUGGCUGGUGCAACUUCCCCAAGGAGCACCUCGAGAUGACCGAGGCUGCGUUCCUCCGGGUCGCCAAGGCCAAGGCUGACAUUGUCCAGGUGCAAUUUCGAAGGGUAAGCUGUGAUAGAGCAGGCGGAAUACGGUUUACCAUCACUGGUGGCGCCAACUUCCUCCAGGUACUGAUCACAAAUGUGGCAGCAGAUGGCGAGGUCGCCGCCGUGAAAGUGAAAGGAUCAAAGACCGGAUGGAUACCUAUGGGGAGGAACUGGGGGCAGAACUGGCAGUGUGAUGCCGACUUUCGAGGCCAGCCCCUGUCAUUCGAGGUCACUGGAGGGAAGGGGAGGACGAUCACAAUGUACAAUGUUGCACCUUCCGAUUGGAUGUUUGCACAAACAUUUGCAGGCAAACAGUUCGUACAAUAGGUUAAAGGUAGGAAAGCUUGCUAUUAGUAUUAUAUAGGGGGUUAAUUUGAAUGUGGGGUUUCAAUUUUGUGACCCAAUGAUGUUUACCCAAGAAUGUUAUUAAUGUUGUUUUACUCCCCUCGCCUUGUAUAGUUGCAGAAUUUUACUUCCAGGUUCUCAAGUUUACUGGACCACUAGCUGACCAGUGGUUCUGUUCAUGUAGUCUGACUUGCCGAAUGUUUACCGUGCACAAGUAUGAA